UAUUUUAUGGCAGCACUGAUACGGCUCUGCAAAUAUGGCGUAGGUUUCUACAAAAUGCAGUGGUAGAUAAUUAGUUGUCAAUUCUGAAUUUUAAAAUAAAAGACAUGCACUUAGUAUAAGAUAUAAUCCAAACAAUAAAGUGAAUUAAGGAAGUUUGAAUGUGAAAUGUGAAUUUUUCGCAAUGGAACAAGAAUUGACUUACUAAGAGAUAAAACAACUGUGUUAACUGUCGAAAAGUUCAAUUGAAGUGGGUAUAAUAUAACAAAAAUGGGUAAACAAAAUAGCAAACUAAAACCAGAAGUGUUAGAAGAUCUGAAGCAAAAUACGGAAUUUUCAGAUGCUGAAAUACAAGAGUGGUACAAAGGGUUUUUGAAGGACUGUCCUAGUGGACAUUUAUCAGUAGAAGAAUUUAAAAAAAUAUAUGGAAAUUUUUUCCCGUAUGGAGACGCUAGUAAGUUUGCAGAACACGUGUUUCGAACGUUUGAUGCGAACGGGGACGGCACCAUAGAUUUCCGAGAGUUUCUCUGUGCUCUUAGCGUCACAUCUCGCGGAAAACUCGAGCAGAAACUGAAAUGGGCGUUUUCAAUGUAUGAUCUAGAUGGGAACGGAUACAUUUCCCGCCAAGAAAUGCUUGAAAUCGUGACUGCAAUCUACAAGAUGGUCGGUUCGGUUAUGAAGAUGCCCGAAGAUGAAUCGACACCCGAGAAACGAACGGAUAAAAUAUUCCGUCAAAUGGACCGAAACAAAGACGGGAAGUUGUCGCUCGAAGAGUUCAUAGAGGGUGCUAAGAGCGAUCCAUCAAUCGUCCGGCUGCUCCAAUGUGACCCUCAGUCUCAGUGA